CAAAAUGCACGCCACUGUUCACAAAAAUGUAUGAAGUAUCCCUAAACAAUCAAUUUCCUCAUAUGUCCAUCUCCAGAAACUGCGAUUAUCGGGGCUGAGAAAUCUGUGGGACUGUAAUCGAUUUUAAUGGGGUCGUGGAUUGUUGGUAAUUGGCCUUCCUUCGACCCCCACAACUUCAGCCAACUUCGCCCCAACGAUCCGUCUGCUCCUUCCAAGAAGACACCAAUUACAUAUCAUCCAACUCAUGAACGAACUCUUCCACCUCCUGACCAAGUAAUAUCUUCGGAUGCCAAAAACAUACUUCUGAGGCAAUUCUAUGAGCGUGGUGAUGAAAAGUUGAGACCAAAGAGAGCUGCCCCUGAGAAUCUGGCACCCGAGCAAGAAUGCAAGCAUCCAAGAGCUUCUUCUUCAGACCCUCUAUCAUGAUUGAUUCAUGAGUAAUUAAGUAUGCAUGCAUAAAUCAUAAUGCAUUGCACAUUGAUGUAAAUAUAAUUGGUCGUUGAUGCUAUAUGUGUUGUAUGUUUUUGGGAAGCUAUGAGAUCUAGAGCCAAUUGUUAAUGCUUCAUGGUGUGUACUUUCAGCUACACAGACUUGUACAAUUUG